GCCGUGUGCGCCUCGGCGACGCCCAUGAGUGCGCUGGCCACCGACGCCUACAGCAUGGGCGAGAAGCUGCCCACUGUCCGGCGCACUUGCAGCAUCGGGGGCACGCUGCCGCCCCCUGUGUUGGAGAAGAUGCGCGACGUGUACCAGCUGCUCGCGGUGACGCACAUUUACGGCAUGACCGAAGCGGCCGGCUGCGUGUUGGUGCCGCCCAUCGACGCCCUGAGCCUGCCGUUUCUCGGCUUCGCCGGCCCCGGCGUGCUCAUCAAGGUGGUGGACGUUGACACAAAACAACUGCUCCCAGAAGGAAAAAACGGACACAUCUGCUGCAAAGUUCCAAGCGUAAUGUUGGGAUUCCUAAACAAACCGGAAGAGACGCGAGAAGUUCUUGACGCCGAAGGAUGGCUCUUCACAGGAGACUUCGGGUACUACGACGCGGAAGGCCGCGUGCACUACAUCGACCGGCUGUCCGACUUGGUCAAGUGCAUCGGUUUCCACGUGCCCACGGCUGAGCUCGAGCAGGUGCUCCUCACCGUCCCAGAGGUAGGCGAGGCUGCCGUGGUCGGCGUUCCCAGUGUCCAGUACCAGGACGCACCGGUCGCCUUCAUUGUCACCAAACCGGGCGUGGCAGCCAGCGCAUCCCUCGCCGAGAAGAUGAAGAAGCACGUGGCAGAGAGCUGUCCCAAGCACAUGCAACUCUACGGUGGUGUCGCGUUCGUCGAAAAGUUGCCCAAGAAUGACAUGGGAAAGGUGCUCAAGAGGGAGCUCCGGAAAUUGGCUCUAGAUCCAAAGACGCAGAAGUUGUGAAGUGCCUCUUUGUUCUUGGAUUGGCUCCAUCGGCAGUCAGUUCCAGCCUGGCAACACAGGUUCUUUCGCUCCGAGAGGUUAUUGAUGUACCAUUGAAUUAUCUCCUUAGUUUCUUGUGUCACAUUUAGUAGUGUCCUUCCGUUGCAAUUAUGCUUGCACAUUUAAUGUACAAUGUGUGUUCUAACCAGCUACGUGUAUG